AUGCUGUCGUUCUUAGACAAACUCGUGGCCUGGGUGCUGACAGGCUUCUUGGCGAUUCUCACCAUCUUCUUCAACAUGUACCUGCUUCUGAUCAACCAGAGGAACUACAGGAAGAGCGCAAAGCACCGACUGAACCCGGCCGACUUCAUCAUCACGGCCAUCUCCCUGGCCAGCAUCUCCCUGCAGGUCCUCACGUACUUAUGGCAGACGCUGGAUGUGAUCGACACCGUGUGCCGCAUCAGCUUGGCGGGGGCCAUCCUGCUGGUGCUCAUCUUCAGCGUCAAGUUCAUCAUCUUCUGGAGCACGGCGUUCCUGACCUUCUACUACGGCACUAAACUGGUGGUGGAGCCCGUCCACUGCUACACGCGCAUCCAGGAGGCCAUCGUCAAACACGUCCACACGGCCCUGGCGGUGAUCGUCGUGAGCGGCUUUGCCAAUUGCGUUCCACUGCUGAGCGUGUUGACCUACUACAACGGCACCACCAGCGGGCUGAGUGACUGCGGGUCCAUCAUGCCCACCGACAUGACCGGACUCGCCUACGUCUUCUACUACGUGAUCAUCUCCGACAUCGUUCCAGGAAUCAUAAUGGUCAAAUGCAGCAUUUCCAUCUCGUACCACCUGGCCAAACAUCUGCUGGACAUGAAGGCCAGCUCCAACGGUGCCCACGGGCCCAAGCUCGGCACGCAGAUGCGGGUCAUCAAGAUGACUCUCAGUUUGGUGGUGGUGUUUGUGAUCUUCGUGAUCGUGGACAUCUUCACGCAGAUGACGGUGGUGCUGAUGAGGCAGAACACACUGGCCCUGACCAUUCUCUUCGCCAGCAUCUACACCACAGUCAGCUCGCUCGUGCUGGUCUACGGGAAGAAAAGCUACUGGAAGGAACUGAUCGCAUCCUAUAACCUGUUUUUAGACGAGUACCCUUGUUUGAGCAGCAUGAAGGUGGAAGAAGUCAAAACAGAACCACAUGAGCACAGCCAUGGGCACUGA